CACUGUCGCACCACCUCCAGCUGGGCUAAAGUAUCUGGACUCUCCCAGAACCUGGCGGACGGACUGCUGUCUUUUUUCCGGUGUGUGGCCGUCAAUGAGCUGCUCUGGCUUGACCCUGGAAUCUCCAGACCCUGAGAUCCCAUGGGUGUUCAGGGUCUUACUACCUAUGUGGAGGGCAACAGAAACUUCCUCCAAGAUGUGAAGUUCAGGGACAGUCGACUGGUUAUCGAUGGCUGCAGUCUGUAUUUUCGCCUUUACUUUACCCACGGUUUGGACCAACAGAAUGGAGGAGACUACGAUGCUUUUGCGUGCCUGCUCACCCAGUUCCUCGAUGCACUGGCAGCCUGUAACAUCCAGCCAUAUGUGGUCCUGGAUGGAGGGAUGGACCCCAGUGAUAAGAAGUUUCCCACUCUGCGGCAGCGUAUUCAGUCCAAGAUAAAGGAAGCUGACAGUUUAUCUCAUGGCCGUAAUGGCUCUGUUCUUCCCAUCAUCACUAGAGAUGUCUUCACUCAGGUCCUCAUCCAGAGAGGAGUCCCACUGGUCCAGUGUGCAGCUGAGGCCGACUGGGAGAUUGCAUGUUUGGCUCACCAGUGGAACUGUCCAGUUCUGACCAAUGACAGUGAUUUUUAUAUCUUUGACCUGCCAGGUGGUUACCUGCCACUCAAGUUUUUCCAGUGGACCAACCUUAACGGUAAAGCCUCUCACCGCUAUAUCUUGGCUCGGUGCUACACCACUAAUAGUCUGUGUCGCUGGUUUGGGGGCAUGAACCAGGAGUUGCUACCCUUAUUUGCUGUCCUGACUGGUAAUGACUAUGGGACUCCAAAAGAUGCUGAUACACUUUUUGCUGUGCUAGAUUUGAGUGCAUGUAGGGGAGGUGGUGGCAGGGGUAGAGGUCGAGCACCCUCCUCCCGCAUUGAGGGCCUCCUCCAUUGGCUGUCCUCUUUCCCUAGUCCAGUGGAAGCCCUGGAGGAAGUGAGCAGGCUAAUAGGGGAGACGGGCAGUAGGGGAAAGAGAGGACAGAAGGGUGGGCUGAGUUCUCAACUGUGGGCAGGUAUGCAGGAGUACCAUAUCACCCCUCAAAGCUCUCUGGCUUACUGGUUCUCUGGAGGUCAGGUACUUCCAGGAGGGCAGAACUCUACACUUGCACAGCUACCACAGUGCCUGUCAUGGGCUGCAGCGCAGGGGCUUUUGGCUCCCUCGGUAGUGGAUGCUUUAGUGAUGCGCAGGGUCUUGCUCAUCCCACAGGUGGAGAACAGCAAGCUACCCAGCAGCCACUGUAGUUCCAUAGCUAUACGGCAGGCUAUAUAUGGGAUAUUACUGCAGGGAGGUCAAGGUAACAUAACUCAAGGAAGAGGGGGGAGUAUACAGCAAUUGAACGGACCAGGAGGUGCUGUUCAUCCACAACAUGUUAGGACAGAAGAACAUAUCAGCCAGGGGAUGAGAGGUGGUAGAGGUCGAGGGGGAAGGGGACGUGGAGGUAGGGGUCAGGGCAAUGUUUCUCCCUUACAGCAGGGUGAAAAUGUAGGUUUUAGCAUUGAAGAAGCAGCUGGUGUAGCUACAGUGCAGUCUCAGGGCUCCAGUGCCACCAUGUGUGUGGAAGAAUAUGACCGUCUGGACCUGAACUUGAAGAAAAACCAAGUGGAGGUGCAUUCACUUAAAACCCCUUUAUGCAUGGAUACACUCAGCCAGGCUCCUGCAGCAGCUCGUCUUGGUGUCUUGUUAGAAGUCUUAGGUGUUAAGGAGAUUGACCUGGCUCUUGCUCCUCUCCACUUGAGGCUGGCUGUAGCAGUGACAGGUUUCUGGUUGCGAGAGGCCAUACCAACACCCACACAGCUCCAGGUCCAGGCUUUGGUGCUGGGCAUGGUUUAUGGAGAGUUGUCUUGGAAUAAUCAGCCCGGAGCUAACCACUACCAACCUGCUGUCCCACAGCCAAACUGGGCCGCAGAACGCAAUGUGUUGGCAGGGCUGGAUCGUCACCGUGUGAGAGCAGGGGAGAGAAGGGGCUUUGAUGUCGGAGCGGCUCACAGUUUUAGCCAAUGGCAGGCCUGCCUCUGGAGUUUGCUGUGUCUUAAUCAGCUAUUACUGUUACCACUGCCUGAACCACACCUGUCAUGGUUGUUUAGUGGUACCUUGGUGCACGGUCUCUUCAGAUAUCAGAAGGGGGGCCGAGCUGCUGAAUCCCUCUUACCUGGGGGUUCCUUGUCUGGACAACUCUACUUCUCCCUGCUGGAUGCUGUGAAGAGCUGCAGCUCCAAAACCCAUUCCUCCUCUUCUGCAGCGGGUAGGGGGAGGAGAGGCAGAGGACGAGGACGGGGAAGCAGAGGAAGAGGGGGAGGUAGGAGAGGAGCAGGGGGAGGGGGCAGAGGGACUGAGGAGAUCAAUAACAGGUUUGCGCUACUUAUGAGUGAGGAAGAGUUUGAUGAUGAUUAA